UGAUAACCCAGCGUAGAAGUAUCACUAGAUGGAGGUGUCGUCGGGCUCUUCCUGGGAAGCGCUGCUAUGGAGCCUGCUUGCUGUAGACAACGCGGCCCGCAAUGCGGCCGAGUCGCAAUUUGCUGCGCUCAAACAGGCCUCCUGUAGCGACGAACUGCUGCUAGGUUUGGUGCACGUCGUGCACUCAACCAGUCCGGAUGACAUCCGCGCGCUGGCUGCUGUCCUGCUGCGCCGCGUGCUGCUGCGCGACGCCGUAUCGCUCUGGCCGCGGGCCACGGACCAGGCCCGCGCCGAGGUCAAGCGCGAGCUGCUGGCCGUACUUGAGGCCGGCGAGAUGAACCGUGGCAUUCGUCGGAAGGUGUGCGAUACGGUGGGCGAGCUGGCCAGCAGCAUCCUGGAGGACGGCCAGUGGGAUGGCCUGCUGCCCACACUGCUGCAAUGGAGCAAUGCACCCAUGGUCACACUGCGCGAGACUGCGUUGCGAGUGUUGGAGAUGGUGGCCAUCUUCCUGGCCACCCAGAUGACUCAGGCCGAGACGUCGGAAACCAUUACGUUGGAUGUCACAGUACUGCAGACCAUGGCCAAGGGUCUGGCCGACCGAGAAGGUCGCGUGGCCCUCAAUGCGUUGCGUGCUUUGAGCAUGCUGCUGCUCAAUUUGGACGCUCUGGACCAAGUGCCUCGGCCAGAGCUGCUGGCCAGCGCUGUACCACUUGUACUCGCUGUACUUCACGCUCUACUAGUCACAAGACAGUUCGACGAGGUAAUGGAAGCUCUGGAAGUCCUGAUUGAGGUGGCCGAGCCCCACGCGGCCUUCUUUAAGCCAUGCUUACGCGAGUUCGUGGACACUAUGGUGCAAAUCGCCGACGCUCCACGUGAUGAGAGCGACGACAAUGCCAUGCUCGAUGGCUGCCGCCAAUUGGCCAUGGAGUUUCUAGUGUCUUUGGCUGAGCAGGCCCCGUCAAGGUGUCGUCGGCUGCCCAAGAACAUGUUCGUGGAGACAGUGUACCCGGUGGCCUUCAAGAUGAUGCUGGAAUUGCAGGACAUUGACACGUGGGACGUGGCUAAUUGCGAGGACGAGCAAUCUGCCGGUGGCCAAGGUAUUGACCAGGAGAUCUCCAACUUUGACGUGGGAUCCGAGGCCCUGGAGCGGUUAGUCGGCGCACUGGGGGCUAAGCGCUCGCUGCCUACAUGCUUCGCCCUUAUUCAGGAAUAUGCGGCCCGUUCGGACAAUUGGGUGAGUCGUCACGCGGCCUUGGUGGGUCUGUGCCAGAUUUUGGACGUACUCGACGACGAGAACUUGGACGCCAUUGUGCGCCACUUGCUGACUCAGGCCAACGAUCCCCAUCCUCGUGUAUGCUGUACGGCCGUCGAUGUCAUCGGCCAGCUGUCCGUCGACCAGGCUCCGCAGUUCCAAGAGGCCUACCACCAACAAGCUCUCACUGUGUUGGCCCACUACCUUGAAGACUUUAACAAACCACGUCUCCAGGCUCACGCUGCUACCGCUCUGCGUCAAUUUAUCGACAUGUGCCCGCCUGAGCUGCUCACUCCGUACUUGGAGAAGAUGUUACAUCAACUUUUCGCGCUGCUCCAACACGGCCAAUCUCUGACUUCAACAACAGGCCAAACACACACACAAGCGUUUAUCGCUGCACGAGUUGUCCAAGAACAAGCUAUCACUGCUAUCUCGUCAGUGGCCACAGUGGCCGGCGCGUCUUUCACGAACUAUUACGCUGCAGUGAUGCCCCCGUUGCAGCAGAUUCUCAUGAAUUGUCUUCAAGAGAGUAUGCAGGCUGCGGCCGCAUCGCCGGCCGUGCUCAAGCCGCAGUCUAACGCUCCCAGUUCAUUCACUCUUGGUGGAAUUACACUCGAGUGUCUGAGUCUCAUCGGCCAGGCUGUUGGCAAGGAGGUGUUCUCACGUGACGCUCCUGCCAUCCUCAAGGUGAUGGCCGAGAUGCAGGCCACGCCGUCGAUUGUCGGCAACGAGUUGAUCCGCACGUAUCUACUGCAAGCCUGGGCCCGCUGCUGCACGUGUCUUGGCCAUGAUUUCGCGCCGUACUUGCCGCUUGUGAUGCCUACACUUCUCGAGGCGGCCACACAACAGGCCGAGUUCGAAGUGGACCCUACGACGCUGUCCAGUGACGACGACGACGACGAAAGCGGCGGAUCUACGGACAGCGAAGACAUCCAACUAGCUCAAGUUAACGACAAAUGUUUGAGUAUUCGCACAUCUAUUCUAGAAGAGAAGGCCACGGCCUGUCAGCUGCUGGCCGGGAUGGCAACAGACCUGGAAGACGCCUUCUUCCCUUACGCCGAACAAGUGACUCAGGUGCUGGCCCCUUUGUUAACCGAGUCAGUACACUCGGACAUCCGCGCCUCGGCCAUCCGAGCGAUGCCUGCACUCGUCAAGUGCGUGGCCAUCUCCACUGCCGCCCCGGCCAAGGAGCACAGCGAAGUGGCCAUCAAGCAGAUGGUGGACUUCGCUCUUGGCCGACUAGUUAACGCACUAACGUCGGAGCCCGAAGUGGAUCUGGUUGUAAGUAUCAUGCAGAGUAUGAUCCGCUGUCUGACUGACGCACGAGCGCUGCACCCGACGCUGGAACUUAACGAAGCGCAGUUAAGUGAGUUGGUACACGGUCUACUAGUGGUUCUAGGCGACAGUUUCCAGCGUCGCGCAAUGCGACGAGGAGCUGGUAGCGACAUGGAGGCAGAAGACGAAGAGGACGACGCGUCUCAGUCCAGUGAGACUCAAGUGGCCGAACAGGAGCUACAGUUCGUGUUGGCGGAGUGUAUCGGGACGCUGGCCAAGACUCAUGGCGCUGCGUUCUUCCCCGUGUUUAUGACUCUGUUGUGGGAGAAGGUGGCCGCUCUGGCCGCCCCUGGUUGUCUAGUAGAAGACCGUCGUCUGGCCUUGUUUGUAGUGGACGAUGUACUGGAACAUUGCGGCCCGGCCAUGCGUCGUCUGGACGUCUUCUUACCGGUCCUGGAGAGUGCGUUACGCGAGGUUAACGAGCCCAGUCUGGUCCAAGCUGCCGCGUUCGGUGUCGGAGUGUGUGCGUCUCAAGGUGGAGAGGCCUUCGCGCGACACGCUGAUCGGUGUCUCCAGCUACUUCACAACGUUGUGGCCCACCCGAAUGCACAAAGUUCGGAGCAACGCAACGCUACAGACAACGCUGUGGCCGCACUAGGCAAGUUGUGCGAGUACCAGUCGGGCGCAGUAGACGCCGCCACGUUGUUCCCGCAGUGGCUGGAGCUGCUUCCUCUUCGUGGAGAUUUAGAAGAAUCUCUCGCUGUUUCUCGCCGACUAUGUGGCUAUGUGAAUGAUAGACAUCCUCUUGUGUUGGGAGCACCGGACUACCGACAUCUAGGCAAGGUGGUGGCUGUAUUAUCCGCUGUGGCCGACGAGAAAUAUCUGCGCAAGAUGAGCAAAGCGGUGGGGGAGAAAGAGGCCUCAGCUCUGCGUCAAGAACUCGCUAAAACGCUCACAGGCCUCCGCUCUACGGUUCCUGAACAGGUCAUGGGCCAGGCUUGGGCCUCGUUGCCAGCUUCGCAACAAGCAGCACUGCACGCGCUGUUCGCGUAAGGUUAGUAUCAAGUCUAUGAAGUUUUAAGAUUUUCAUAAAGUCGGUAAUAGUAGCUGCAUAACUUUUGGGAGAUUUCAAAUUUUAGAAUCUGGAAUCUGUAGAUAUUAAGAUAAUCUAAGGAUUAUCCGUUUGUGGCGCC